AUGGCCAAAAUCUCGUUCGUACUAUUUUUCGCGUUGCUGGCUACCGCUGCGCUCGGUCAAGCCCCGCACGGUUCCCCUACCGCCACUCCCAAAGCCUCACCGGCACCAUCUUCACCUCCUGUAGCCACUCCUCCUACCGCCACCGCUGCUCCUCCGACCAACACCGCCACACCGGCUCCCUCUCCCGUUUCCCGCUCUGCUCCUUCUCCUCAGCGCUCUUCACCACCUUCCUCCGCCCCAACCACCGCCUCGCCGUCUGAAUCCCCCAUCGAAUCCCCUCCGGCUCCCGUCGCUCCCUCCGAUUCUCCCGUCGACUCUCCUGCCUCCUCCCCCGUCGCUUUCGGACCCGACGUCGUCAGCGAAGCACCUGUCGAGGCUCCCGGUUCUGUGGCUCCCGACAGCCACGCCGCCAUCCAGAGAGUCGCCGGUGCCGGAUCUGUAGCCGCCGUGGCUUUUGCCACCGUGGCAGCAUUGAUGAUGUAG